AUUAUCUAUCCAGUAUAAAUAGAAGUGUAGUCAGAGAAGGAACAGAAUGGAAAACUCAUGAUGAAUUGUUAGGGCAUGUUGAGUUGGUUCUGUCACUGCCUGCAGUCAGAUGAUUUCACUGGCUGUACAAGAUGAAAUCUCAUAUUUCAAUGUAUAAGUAAAAGUGUCAAAGUUCAGCUGAAGCAGGGACGAAUACAGAGCAAAUUUUGUGUGUAUUUGUAACUAGGGCACCAGAGCAAUAGAGGAAGCCAAAAUGAGCCGGAAAAGCAGAAGCACUUUAAAGGAGAAAUUUGCCUUGAAGAACAGCUUGGCUAAAGAAGCCCUCUCAGAAUUCCUGGGAACUUUUAUAUUGAUAGCACUUGGCUGUGGCUGUGUGGGCCAGGCUGUCCUUAGCCGAGGAGCACAUGGCGGGCCCAUGACAAUAUCGGUUGGAUUCGCAAUGGCAGUCACCAUAGCAGUGUAUGUGUCUGGGGGGGUUUCCGGUGGUCACAUAAACCCAGCCGUUUCAUUAGCCAUGUGCGUGACUGGAAGAUUAAAAUGGACCAAAUUACCAAUUUACAUAUUAGCACAACUCCUGGGAGCAUUUGUUGGAGCAGCAGCUGUCUUUGGGAUUUAUUACGAUGCCUUUAUGGAGUAUAGCAACGGAACACUUCAAGUCACAGGACCUAAUGCAACAGCACACAUCUUUGCAACAUAUCCAGCUCCCUAUCUGUCCCUCAUAAAUGGAUUUGCAGAUCAGGUGAUGUCAACAGCUGUUCUUCUUCUGGCUAUAUUUGCUAUUUUUGACACCAAAAAUAACAGCGUACCAAAGGGCCUGGAGCCAAUUGCAGUAGGAGUUCUUAUAAUUGUUCUUACUUGCUCCUUGGGAAUGAACAGUGGCUGUGCCAUGAACCCAGCCAGGGAUCUAGGCCCAAGGCUCUUCACAGCCAUUGCAGGAUGGGGGAUGGAAGUAUUCACGGCUGGGAAUAACUGGUGGUGGGUCCCUGUUGUUGCACCUAUGCUGGGAGGUGUACUUGGAGCAAUGACCUAUAUUGUUCUUAUUGAAAUUCAUCAUUCAGAUACUCAGCCAGGAGAAGAAAAUGAUGUGUAUGAUAAAUACGAAUUGACCAACGUGGAGUAAGAAGUGAAGAGUUUUCUCAUUUUGUUGUGUAGCUUUUACGCAAAUGAUUGUUUGGACCAUGUUACAAAACCUGUAUGACUCAAGCGGAAAUUCACAUUUCUAGGCAAAAAAAUCUAUAUAGAAGACAAGUUCAAAACUAACCUCUUUUCAUGAAACAUCAGGCUGAUCACAUUCCAAACUUGGAACUUGGAGGUGGGAAUGGUAAAUUGUUCUUUUCCUAAGGCUUUCAGAUCCAUCUCCUAGAUUAAGUUGCAGUGAGAUGAUGCACUGACCUGUUAAUACAACACAUAUGGUGCUAAUCAUGCUGCCUAAUUAACUGAAAAAGAUGAGGUAUUGUUACAAAAUAGCAUGCAUAGGUAGUUAAUUGAUUCAGUGCUGAAUUAAUGUGCAAGAGCACCGCUCACUUCUUACAGCCAUUAUUUAAGAAAGGAUCACCUGAAAAUAAAACACAAUGCCUGCAUUGUCAGAAUGUAAACCGAAGUAGUUUUAACUUACUAAAUCUUUAUGGAGCCACAAAUUGAUUGGCAAGUAAUCAACUCCUAAGUGAUGAGGUUUAGUAACACAGAAUACAAUCACAAAAGGUAAAAACCAUGUGCUAUAAGAUCAACACCAAAAAGACAAAGGUGUACUUCUGCACAGGUUUUUUAUACAAUUAUAUUCUGUUAUUUUUAAACUAUUUUCUUGACUUUUGUGCAACCCAAUAUUAAAAUCCUAGCCUAAUAUUAAUCUGAA